UUCCUUUUUUUUUUUUUUUUUUUUUUUGAGACAGAGUCUUGCUCUGUCACCCAGGCUGGAGUACAGUGGUAUGAUCUCAGCUCACCGCAACCUCUGACUCUUGGGCUCAAGUGCCUCGGCCUCCCCAGGAGCUGGGAUUACAGACGUGCACCACCACACCCAGCUGAUUAUUGUAUUUCCAGUAGAGAUAGGGUUUUGCCAUGUUGGCUGGUUCCAGAGCCUGUGUUCUGCUCCAUUACCCUUGUUGCCUGUGUCUAGUGUCCCUGCUGCUGGCUCAGCAAUGCCAGCCUCCUCUAGGUCCACCCCUCCACUCGGGCCCCAGAAUGGAAGCAGCAGAGUAGGGGCUGUGGUGAGCAACGAAGUGGCUGGGGGACAGGGGCCGCGGUCAGGGCUGGCCACGGGAAGCAGACAGGCAGCCAGCAGGGGGCAGGGCAGUCUGCACAGUGUCUGAUGCCUCAGGACUGUGAGCAAGGCUGGCUUUGGCCCCCUUGGUUGGAUAGUUCUUACAGUGUAGAGGUGUCUCCACAGCGGGGGGCCAGUGGGAGCGGCCAGUGGGUGUGCCCUGGGCAAAAAGCAAAGGCCCUGACUCCCCCAGGGGCAGGCAGAAGGGUCCCUGGGCCUUGGGACCAGAGGGCGGGCUCUGCUGCUCACUAGCUGCCUCACCCUGACCUUCACCUAAUUUCUUCAAGCUUCCAUUUCAGUGUCUGUAAAAUUCAGCUACUACCAGCUAUUUUUGUGGGAUUAUUACAAAGCUUAAAUGAGACAAGGUUCUGCAAGUACCGUGCAAAUUAUGAAAUACAACCCAGAUGCCAGUGGUUGGUGUCUGCCACUGAGCCAUGCCUGCUGGGUAGAAAGGAAACCCAAACUCCCUUGUCUCUAAAAACAAAAACAAAAACAAAAAAUAAAAACAAAACCCCACAAGACUCCAGACCUAGUCAUCAGAGUAGCUCAUGAGAUGAAACCAGUUUUCCAACUUUGCUUUGUAGAUAUCCUGGUUCUAGAACUGAAUGGAGCUUGGUGAAUAAUCAAGAAACUACACAGUCAGGUUCUUUGCAGAAUUGCUUUUUCUGAGCUGAGACAUGAGGUCAUGCUGCUGGCCUUCAUCAUAAUAAUGCCACCUGAAGCAGCCCCAUUAAACCUCCCUGGAGGUGUUUUGCAGGGUACCUGACUUGUCCUUCUAGAUCCCAUGUUCACGGAGCUACACACAAGAAAUUGAAGAGCGAAGGGUUAGGAAAAAGCUUUGAUUCCCUCAACAUCUGGGCGGGUUUUAUUAUUUUUUCAACCACAAAGAGACAUGCACCUGAUAGCCCCUCUCUUUUCACCUUACCUAGCAGGAAAGUCAGAGCUAAAUUUUCUUCAGCAACCACACCUUAGCACCUGUACAUCAUCUGCCCCCUAAUUCCUCUCCAUCUUGAGUCCCAUCUCUAACUUGUUUUUUGUGGUCCUGGCUUUUCAGUGAAUUUGCCAGUUCACCACGUGUGUUUCUGUUGUGAUCUGCCUCAAACCUUCUAGGGACUGAGGUCAGGGUAAGAGUAGUUUAAAAACAAGAUAAGACGUGGACAGUGAAGGGUGUGGCAUUGGGAGUACCCAUCCUGGGUCUUCUCUCCCUUCCUGUGGGGGUAACCUGGUAGUCUUGCCCACUGCCCCGGUUUAUUCACUGGGGAUGCAGUCCAGACAGAAAUGGGGCUUUGGCUCAGGGACAGGGAAGGGCACCUGGGGAGAAAGAGAUUUCCCAACCAGGCCUGUCACAGUAAGCAGCCAAGGACACGGAGCCUCCUGUCUCUCUCAGGCUGGGACGAGGGCUGCCAUUCUAGGCAUGAGAAUUUCCUCUUCCAGAGGCCCUACUCCUCACCACCCUCCAGGGCAAGGAUUAUUAUUAACUCAGCUUCUGGAGGGGGAACUGCAGAAUCUGUGAUGCUAGAAACACAGGACAGGUCCCCUGGAGCGGGGGUGCAGCUUUGGCCUUGAGCCCUGAGAAUGGUAGCCCCAAUUCUUCCCAGAUCCUCCUACUUGGGGCUUGCCUACAGUAAGGGUCCCAGAGCACUGCCAGCAACUGCACCAGUAUCACCUCUCUGGCUCUGGAUUCUUACCUCUAUUAAUACAGCCAAAAGCUGCACUCAGUGUUGGCUCAUAGGGAAUUAAGGGUCAAAAACCCCCAGGUCAUUUCCAGGUCACUAGUUUCAGAGGGCUGGCAGGCAUCACUAAGCCCCUUCCCUCCUUCUCCCCACCCCCACCACUCACCUCCAGCACGUUCUUCUUACUGGAUUUGUUUUGGGGGCCCAGCAGAGAGUGGCGCCCUUCAGCUCCACUGUGUAGUCGGAGGUAGAAAACUUGGAAGGCUGCCUCUGUGGGAGAGGGAGGAAGGUCACAGGGAGCCCUCGGCUCAGAUGUGUCUGCUGUGGCACUCUGACUCCAGGAAUAGGAUGGGCAUGGCCAGGAAACAACUCUGGGGAAAGAACUCCAAGGGUUCCUGAACCCAGAGACCCUGAUCUGUGAGGCCCAGAGGGAGGGGGCGUUAACCAAAGCAGUCCCUCCCUCAUCUCAGCAUGGUUGGGGAGGGGGCAGCGACCCUUGCCCUUAGAGGGAGAGUGGGUUUGGGAGUCAGAUAAACUGGGUUCAGAGCUUGACUGUACCAUUUACAAGCUGGGUGACCCUAGCCAAAUCCCCUCAUCUCCCUGAGCCUCAGUUUCCCCAUCUGUAAAAUGAAGAUAGCCCCUCAGGUAAGUGAGCAGGUCAUGUGGCACCUGGCCGGGCAGUGCUCAUUGAACAGCCAUUCCUUCCCAUCCCUAAUGCCUGGUGGUGCCCCCAGAUCUGCAGGCAGGCCCUGAAGUUUCUGUUGCAGAUCUGGGCCCAGCCCCUCAUCAACCUGCAGAUGGCAAAAGCAUCUCUGUACAAGCAUGUGGAGCGGAUGCACCUUAUCGGGAGGAGCUGGGAGCAGCUAAAGCUCCUGGGGGAUUACCUGGGCCCGUGCUGGAGCGGUGCCCUGAAGGAGCUCAGGAGGAGGCUCAACCACCGGAAUUAUCUCUUGGAGUCUCCGCAUAGGUUCCGUGUUGCUGACCUCCAGCAGAUCGCAGAUGAGGUGUAUGAAGGAUUCCUCAAGGCCCUGAUUGAAUUUGCCUCCCAGCAUGUCUACCACUGCGACCUGUGCACCCAGCACAGCUUCAUCUGCCAGAUCUGCCAGCACCACGACAUCAUCUUCCCCUCUGAGUUUGACACCACAGUCAGGUGUGCCAAGUGCAAGACCGUCUUCCACCAGAGCUGCCAGGCUGUGGUGAAGAAGGGCUGCCCCCGCUGUGCUCGCUGACGCAAGUACCAGCAACAGAACGUUUUCGCCUGAUGCCCCUCUGCUGAUCCCACUCUGAAGGCCGGGGGUGAGUGUGGCUCAGCCAUCCCAGCUGGGUUUCCUAUCAGCCCAGGAUACUCACCGUGUCACAGCUGUGUCCCCUUGUCAGGAAGACCUCAGAUGUGACCAGAGCACUGGCCUCCUACAGAAAGCCCAGGAAGUCCCCAUGAUGUCCCCUGGCCCUCCCCCCACCCCUCUGUUGCAGGAGGCGUGGCCACCACCAGAUGCUCCCUGUCUGGGGGCAGACAGGGCCUUUUACUCACCAGGCCCUGGCUCACCAGCAUCCCGGCACCUCCGUUAGGGCUGGGCAAACACUGUGGAAAGGGGACUUGGGGAACAUUUUCAAUUCCACAUUCCUGAUUAAAAGGUCUGGUUUUUUAAGGUGGGUUUUUCCCAUUCAUAUUUCAACAGAAAGUAUUUUUUAUUCUUGACCGUAUGCGAGUCACCCAUGAAAUCCAGACAUUUUCACCCCCAGCGGAUGCACAGGAGCCUCUCAGGUCUGUCCUAGAGGCAGCGGGUGGCUGUUGGGCAGGCCACUGCUGGGACAGGGCCUGUGGGCCCACCCAGUGCCUUUCCUGGCCCUCACUGCCAGUGCCAAACCGCCCCUCAGCAGGGCAGGGCCAGUCCUGGUGACCCCACUUCCUCUCUGUCUCCUCUUUACUCCCCACCCCAGUGCGUCUCACCUGCUGAGCCCACCCCUUUCUCAGCGUCAGAGCCCCUAGCUCUUCUCUAGCCUGGGGCCUUGGCCCCAUUAGGAGAAGGAGAAAUGACUGGAAACCAGCACUUUGAGCCCUCCUCGGUUUAGGGAGGGUCGCCGUCUUGCCCACCCCCAAUCCCCGUGCCCUCCUCACCCCUCUACAGACAGGGGCACUGCUGCAGAUGCUCCAGGCCCACCUUGGUGGGUGCCCGGGGUCACACUCUCUGCCUGACUGACCCCUGCCAGGGCACAGAUAGGCAGGACCCUAGAGACAGCAGGCAGCUGGGCCCUGCACUGUGGAGAAGUGACCUGGUCCUUCGCCCUAAGCUGUGCAGGGCAUGCGGGGGAGCUGCCCUGUGGAUGCAGCCGCCGCCUCACAAAGCCAUGAAUUCCCAAAGCAUCACUGAACUUGCCCAGCCAGGACACUGGAGACUGAAGAACUUCCCCGGAGCAGGACUGCCUUUGAAGGGGCCUUGAUGCUGGGGUGGGAGCCUGGAAUUGUUUUUGAAGUGAAGUUCAGACCCUCCAGGCUUCAGGGAAAUGUGGGUUUGCUGGUCUCUCUGUCGCCUUCUCCCAUCUCUCCUGGACCCAGCGGGCCCUCAGUCCUAGCUGUCUUACCUGCGCUCAGCUUGGAGUCUGAGGCCUCAGGUGGAGAUCCACCUGUCACUGUCAGAGAUGAGCCCACCCCCACCCCUCCCUGGGGGUGAUCAGCUGCUGAGUCACCCACCCAGCUUUGGAGCUGGAUGCCUGUGCAGAACAGAGGUGGCAGUGGCAGGCAGGUGGAGGCUGUGCACAGCUUCUCCCGGUCAUGGCGCACACCUGUGCCCAGAUGCCAAUACCUCCUAAGCCAGGAGCUGGGUUAUGCACCCGCCGUGACCACAAGCCUGGCCUGGUCAGAGCCCUCAUUGCCCCAUCCCUGAGUGGGCAGGAGUCUGGCCUGGGGAGGGCUUAGGCCUGUGAGGAUUCUUCCCGAAGGUGCCCUUGGAAACAGACUAAUUCUCAGGGAAAUCAGAUUGCGGUAAAAUGGGAUGGAAACAGACAACAUUCAGAUCUGCGAUUUCCUGUCCUUGAAGGCCCCUUUCAGAUUACAAGUUGGCACCCUCUGCCCAUCUAGGUGCCGCAGCUUCCCCCAAGGACAAUAGAUGGUAGGGCCAGAGAAGAGAAGAGAAACUGGGGGAGGGAGGCCCAGUGGAGGGCCAUGGCACAUGACCUGGUUCUGCCCUGCCAGUGGGCUCAGCCCCUCUCCAUCCUCAGCCAAGCGCCUCUGAGGGCACUUGUUUCCCCUUCUCACCCAUGUUUUUUUGA